AUGGAACCUGGUGCUCGGUGGAAUCCUGCAAAGUAUGAAAUCGAUGACUUCGAUUUUCAAGAAUUAACUGAAAUGUUUUCCGAGUUACGUACUGGCUGCGGUUCUAAUUUCAAUACCUAUUUUGCCUUGCUAAGGAAGUUUGUGAUGCUAUCGUAUACAAGUUGUGAACUAGAUAUUCAAGUUAGGAAGUUCAUCCCUGCUGAAUUAACAUCAGUUCAUGAAAGGUUCGUCUACAGGAUCAUCCAAAUUUGUGACCUGCCCAUAAAAACAAGGUCGCUUAGUGAUAUUUUGAACGGAAGCUUGGAGAGCAGCUCAAAGGAUAAAUACAUUCUUCCUCAUAUUUCUUCUUUGAACGCAUUGGCUAUUUUGUGUAGUCUUGGGUACGGUUGGAAAGCUCCCGAUCGGCGGUUUGGGGAGCUUAUUGCAAGUGCUGUUCAUACGAUGCUCCUGGAUCGGAUCGAUGCUGCAUUACACGUGAGGAACGUCCCAGUAGUCAAUGAAAUUGGGGUACGCCUAGAUUUCCAAUGUCCUUCUGCGAAUAGGGAACAAUCUGGAGAAACUGGGUGCGUUUUGACAGCAAGUGACUUUUUAAAGUCAUUUUCAAAUAAAAGUCAUUGGCUCGCAGCCGAGACUACGAAUUUAUUCAAAAUGCGAUGCCACUCGAAUUUCUACUCGAAACUGAAGACUUUCGUCCCCGAAGAGGAGUGGGAUACCGCGCUGGAAGAAUCCACCAUGAACGCUCCUAUUCUAGAACAAGAACCUGGUGGAUCCGCUGAUGGAAAGACAGCUCCACAAGAUCCAGUAAUUGUUCAGGAGGAUCAAGAAGAUGUCGAAAAACAUGAGGAGCCUAAGAAGAAAGGGAAGGGAGUGAAACGUUCGAACUCGAAAACAUGUUCAACCGCAAAGAAAAAACCUCGUAAGAAGCUACCUAACAAUGUUGAUGUGAAUUUAGCGAAUGAACCGAAAAAUUCGGCCAGCUGA